UCUGCUUGCUUAACCAUUUGGAAAAGUGCAGAACUGGAUUAAGUAAAAGCGUGCUAAUCAUUUCCAUUGGGAUAAGAAUGAUUUGGUUACGUUCAUACAUUGUUGUGGUGGCGUUGAUGAUAACGACAUGUGGUGCAGACAGGUUGGCAAGAUUGGAACGCCAAAUGAAACUGGUGAAAGGCUUUCAGUCAUUCGUUGAGUUAAGAUUGGACGCACUUGAAGGAGAUUUUGGCACAUUAACUAAGAGGGUUUCCAAUCUUGAAUCUCUUGUAACCUCGUUCGAUAACGAUACAGGGGACGCUGACAGUGGCAGUUCAAGGACCGGGAAUACUGAAGCCAAACUACAUACAGAACCAGAACUAAACGACAUCAAAAACACGCUCACAAUGUAUAAACAUUCCUUUGAAAAACAUAAAAAGGAAUUAAUCGAUGUAAAUUAUGUGGUCAACGACACAUUGUCAGCGUUUCUUUCGAACGCUUCAAAAACUGUUGACACAUUAGUCAACACUGUCAGUGACCAUAUAAGAAACAGCACUGAUAAUAUAUCAGCUUCUUUGGAAAAGAACGUCUAUGCAACACGGGUACAUGUCAAAAACGAAACGGUUCAGCUAGAAAAAAAAGUUGAAGAGCUAAUAGGCAGAGCAAAUGAAGUUGUUGGCAUCAUUGAUGAGCAGAGAUCUACAAUAGAAGACGGUAUAAUGGUCACCAUCAGGGGGCUUCACAUUACCUGGAGUGACUGGUCUGCAUGGUCCGACUGUUCUAAGUCAUGUGACAAGGGCAGAAGAAGUAGACACAGGUCAUGUUAUGUUCCUCCCACUUUUACUGAUGGCAUUUGCAAUGGUGAUGAUACAGAAACAGAGGAAUGCGUCAUUCACGAGUUUUGUUCAUAUUUGAGUGAAUGGUCACCAUGGUCCCGAUGUUCCCGAACAUGUAACAAUGGAACAAUGACGAGAAACAGAACAUGCCAUACUCCAGCUUCUCUCACCGCUACUUGCCAAGAAAAUAUAACUGAGAGUCAGACAUGCCUAACGUCAUUGGAAUGUCCAGUGGAUGGUCAAUGGUCUUUGUGGUCGACAUGGAGCAACUGUUCCGUGUUCUGUGGUGACGGCGUGGUGACCCGAAACCGAUCAUGUUCCAAUCCAAGUCCACUUAAUGGAGGGAGAGUUUGCCCGGGACAAGACAUUUUAACAAAACCAUGCAACUUGCGGCCUUGUAUUAAAUAUGACUGCAGCGAUGUAUUAAAACUGGGUUUGUCACGUGGUUCGGGUGUGUACAGAAUCACGCUCUGGAACACGGACAAGGAAGUGGAUGUUUACUGCGAUAUGGAUACCGAUGGUGGUGGGUGGACGGUGUUUCAAAGACGCUUGGAUGGGUCUGUUGACUUCAACAGGAGAUUUGUGGAGUACGAGCAGGGUUUUGGCUCACUGGAUGGUGAAUUUUGGAUGGGUCUUGGUCUUCUUCACUCCGUUACAAGCCGGGCUAACAUGACCUUACGUAUGGACGUGAGUUUACCAAACGGAACUACUGGAUUUGACGAGUACUCGGGGUUUUAUAUUUCUCCACCAGACCAAUACAACUUCAAUGUUGACAGGAGGAUCAACUCAGCAGGAAUGUCCGGUUCCUAUCUUCUCUCCGACAUCGGUGAUGAUAGGGAUUUCAACCAUCAACCGUUUUCAACAUACGAUAGGGACGUGGACAAGUGGUUGUCUGGCAACUGUGCCCGAAACUAUGGAGGAGGCUGGUGGUACAAUUACUGCACGUACAGUAACCUGAAUGCACAGUACAAUAGUGGCGGGUUUUAUUACUAUUCCUUCCAAAGAUACACAACGUUGAAGACGUCAGCUAUAAUGCUACGAUUGAGUAAUUAAGAUUCAACCGCAGUAUUUUAAUGCAUUUAAUAAUGGUUUGUGAGUUCAUUUAAAUAGUGUUGCGGAAUUAUGAACUUGAUGCUAUGUUUUAAACACAAUCAACUAUUUUAAGCAUUUAAGGUAAACAUACCCGCCUUUUCCUAAAGCUAUGGAAUGUGCAAAUUGAUUGCUAACUCAAACAUGUUUGUGUUUGUGAAGUUAGUGAUAGUCCAAAUCAUUUACAUAACUCUUUCAUAGACAGCAAAAGGCAACACGCGGAUAAAUUAUUUGAAUUAUUUUGCCCAAUAUCUCGAGGUAAAGAAAAUUUGCCUCGUUUUUUAUUAUUUUGGUAGACUUGUUUUAGUAAUAAUUUAUUACAAUUCAUCGGCAGAAUAUUCCUGACUUAUCAGUUUAAUAUCAAAUUGUUUAGCAUAUAGGCGAUCUCACUUAGUAGUCAUUUAAUACGAAAUAGUAAAGGAGUUUUAUUAUUAUCGUAUUGUUUGGCCACGAAGUAAGGUUCUAGUUACAGCAUUAAUACUUAUUUGCCAACUUACAACGCUAAAACACAGCCAUAUUUAACGCUAUUGAGUACGUAACGUCACUCGCUUUCGAUAUUUAUUACGCUAUUUAUGUAUUGCCGGAUUGAUGUCAUUAUUUGGGGUAUGAACGCAGUUGGGUUGGUUUUAUGUGUGGAGUACGAUGAUGACAUCUAUCACGCAAUUCAUAACUUAAAUAAAAUACAUUAUUUCGUUAUUUCUUUCAAGAACUGUUGAAAAAAUUCUUAAUUUUAUUUAAGAAAACCUGACAGUAUUUAUUUUAUCUAUUUUGUAAAUAGACCGAAUCGACCGUAAGCGGAAACAGUUUACUAUAUUACGUCACAAUAACGUGGAAAAUAUAGAGUACUUCAAAAAUCAUUUUUAUACGCCAAAAUUGAAACGCUUAUGGCAUCAUGUUUUUAUCAUUUCAUCAAUCAACACUUUCUAACACAAGUUUUUCGUGGCCUUCUGGCACAUUACAAACAAUAACAAGAUAAAGACGCUGAUUCGCAAUCCGAAUAUAUCCAACGUUUAUCGCAAAAUAUUCGCAAUUGGUGCAAGUCAGUUCAAUUGAGAAAUGGAAGUAGAGGUGUAAAUAUGUAAUAAUGGUGACAUCAUUUAUUAUAUGAAUAUAGUUACUGGAUACAAUCUUGUACCUAGUUAUGAGAGGGUCUUUAUCGAACGUGGAA